ACAAGGAAGUGACAUGGGCAGGGGGUGGGGACACCCAUCGAGGAGGAAAUGACCCAGCGUGGCUCUGCUGUGCGGAGACAUGUGUGGCCGUCACGGGAGCAGCCGUGUGCUCUGAGAAGGGGCAGCCUCCUCACUGAGGCCACGGGCCUGUCCUGUCCUUGGGGUUGAGAGCAGAAGCCCAGGAGCCGAGAGCCGGGUCUGCAGCAGCCUGUGUGGCUCCUGACCCUAAGCUUCCCGCACCCUGACCAUCCAGCAUCGCACUCAAAACUGGGCUGGGCACGGAAGCAGAGGCCCAGAAAAGCGGAAGUGGGCACAGGCCAAUCCCACCCUCAGCCAGGAGGCUUGACUGUGUGCCCACGCAGGGCCUGGCGCUGCUGCAGGCCGGUCCGUGCGGAGGAAUGACCCCGAGGAGGGGGCCCACAUGGCUGCUUCCAGCUCUGUUCCUCCUCCAGGUCCCAGGCUGUUUGUCUCUGAGCGGCCCCAGGCGUGUGAUGGGCACCGUGGGGGGAUCGCUGAGCGUGCAGUGUCGGUACAAGGAGGAGUACAAAGACCGUAACAAAUACUGGUGCAAAGAGCCCUGUUUGCCAUUGCUGAACCGGAAUAUUGUGGAGACCACGGAGUCAGAGAGAGAAGUGAGGCUUGGCCGCGUGUCCAUCAGGGACCAUCCAGCAAACCUCACCUUCACAGUGACCUUGGAGAGCCUCACGGAGGGCGAUGGAGGCACAUACAAAUGUGGGAUCGAGAGACCAUUCGCUUUAGACCUCACCUUCCUGGUUGAGGUGUCUGUGUCCCCAGCCCCCAUCCUGAAGAUCGUCAAAGCACCCUGGGUCCUCCAAGCACCCUGGGCCCUCCCUCCUCCCUGUCAACGACCACCAGGCCCCGUGUGACCAGCCAGGAGACGCCUGAUGCCAGCCAACACCCUAGGUCCCUGCUCAGCAGCACCCACUUCCUGCUCCUGGUCUUCCUGAAGGUGCCCCUGCUCCUGAGCAUGCUCAGUGCUGUCCUGUGGGUGAACAGGCCUCAGCGGAGCUCUGGGGGGAGGCGGAGUCAGCCCUGCUCUGAGCAC